AUGGUUCAAAUCGCUUCAAGAUUUUUUGUUCUGAUUUCCUGCGUUGCACUUGGCUUGUCUACUCCCCUGAAGCGCACCAUCGACCAGGUCAAGGCUGAUGUCGCUGAUAUCUCGACCAAGGUUACCACUUUGGACAACGCUAUCAAUGCAUUCCCAAUGACUGGCGGUACACUCUUGGCAGCCUUAGGUAUACACAGCAGCGCAACGGCUUUAGUGACUACUCUGGCGACAGCGACGACCGAUGUGACGGCAACUGGCCCUCUCGAGGAGCAAGAUGGAUCGGAUAUUUUGAAUGCCGUACUGGCGAUAGAGCCCAUAAUUGGCGAUGCGCUGCAACAAAUUGUCGUUAAACAGCCAGCUUUCAAAGUGGGAUGGUCAGCCUUGCCGAUUGGUGGUCUUCCGGCACUUAUCCUUCAAGACUUGAAGAAUCUAAACGACAAAACCGUCUCAUUCUCGGAUGCUCUUAUUUCUACAGCCCCGGCCGAUCUCGUCGAUGCCGCAACCAAUCUCAGAGAUAGGGUAGUCAAUGCCUUCACCGCAGCCAUAGCUGCGUACACUUGA